GGUUCCUCUGCGCGGUCCCGUCAGCGAGGGAUUCCGCCCCCCCCCCUCCGCGUGCACGCGAGCGUCAGGGCAACUCCCAUGCGCGCGCCCGCUUCCCGGCGAGCUCCCAGGCGCGCUCGAGCCCGUGCACGGCGGCAGAAACCCGGAGCGUGACCGCGGAGCACAGAACAGAAGCCGUUUGGCGUCGGAAGACACAAAACAAAAUGCCGGCGGUGUCGAAGGGGGACGGCAUGCGCGGGCUCGCAGUCUUCAUCUCGGACAUCCGCAACUGCAAAAGCAAAGAAGCAGAGGUUAAGAGGAUAAACAAAGAGCUGGCCAACAUACGCUCCAAGUUUAAAGGAGAUAAAGCUUUGGAUGGCUACAGCAAGAAGAAAUAUGUGUGCAAGCUGCUGUUCAUCUUCCUCUUGGGCCAUGACAUCGACUUUGGCCACAUGGAGGCAGUAAACCUGCUGAGCUCCAACAAGUACACGGAGAAACAGAUUGGCUACCUGUUCAUCUCCGUUCUCGUGAACUCGAACAGUGACCUCAUCCGCCUCAUCAACAACGCCAUCAAGAAUGACUUGGCCAGCAGGAACCCCACCUUCAUGAACCUGGCCCUGCACUGCAUCGCCAACGUGGGCAGCCGAGAGAUGGCCGAGGCCUUCGCCACCGAGAUCCCCCGCAUCCUCGUGGCUGGGGACACCAUGGACAGUGUGAAGCAGAGCGCUGCACUCUGUCUCCUGCGACUGAACAGAACCUCACCGGACCUGCUGGCCAUGGGAGAGUGGACCUCCCGCGUUGUUCACCUGCUUAAUGACCAGCACUUGGGUGUCGUAACAGCAGCCACCAGCCUCAUCAUCACGCUGGCCCAGAAGAACCCAGAUGAACUGAAGACCUCUGUGCCCCUGGCUGUAGGGAGACUGAGCAGGAUUGUGACCCCCUCCUCCUCAGAUCUACUGGACUACACAUACUACUUUGUUUCUGCGCCUUGGCUGUCCGUCAAGCUGCUGCGUCUCCUGCAGUGCUACCCACCUCCAGAGGAUGGUGCCGUUCGGAGUAGACUGACCGAGUGCCUGGAGGCCAUCCUGAACAAGGCCCAGGAGCCUCCCAAAUCCAAGAAGGUGCAGCACUCCAACGCCAAGUACGCAGUGCUCUUUGAGGCCAUCAGCCUCAUUAUCCACCACGACAGUGAACCCAACCUCCUGGUUCGUGCCUGCAACCAGCUGGGUCAGUUCCUCCAGCACCGUGAGACGAACCUGCGCUACCUGGCCCUCGAGAGCAUGUGCACGCUGGCCACCUCCGAGUUCUCCCACGAGGCGGUCAAAACGCACAUCGAGACGGUCAUCAAUGCUCUCAAGACGGAGCGGGACGUCAGCGUGAGGCAGAGGGCAGUAGAUCUGCUGUACGCCAUGUGUGAUCGCAGCAACGCCAAGCAGAUCGUGGCAGAGAUGCUCGGUUACUUGGAGACGGCGGACUACUCCAUCCGGGAAGAGAUUGUGCUGAAAGUGGCCAUCCUGGCCGAGAAGUACGCCGUGGACUACACGUGGUAUGUGGACACGAUCCUUAACCUCAUCCGCAUCGCUGGAGACUACGUGAGCGAAGAGGUGUGGUACCGCGUCAUCCAGAUCGUCAUCAAUCGCGACGACGUUCAAGGCUACGCUGCCAAGACUGUGUUUGAGGCCCUUCAGGCACCAGCCUGCCAUGAAAAUCUGGUGAAAGUUGGGGGCUAUAUCCUCGGAGAGUUUGGAAACCUCAUUGCUGGGGACCCUCGCUCAAGCCCUCUGGUGCAGUUCAGCCUGCUGCACUCCAAAUUCCACCUGUGCUCGGUGCCGAGCCGUGCCCUGCUGCUCUCCACCUAUAUCAAGUUCAUCAACCUGUUUCCCGAGAUCAAGGGCACCAUCCAGGAGGUGCUGCGCUCCGACAGCCAGCUGAGGAACUCCGACGUGGAGCUGCAGCAGCGUGCCGUGGAGUACCUACGUCUCAGCUGUGUGGCCAGCACCGACAUACUGGCAACAGUCCUGGAAGAGAUGCCGCCCUUCCCUGAGCGGGAGUCCUCCAUCCUGGCCAAGCUGAAGAAGAGGAAAGGGCCCGGUGUGCUGCCCGACACAGAGGACAGCCGCAAGGACAAGAGCGCUGGCCUCAAUGGGGCUGUGGAGACAGUUAAUGUCAGGGCCGUUGCGCAGACUUCUCCACUACAGUCUGCCGACCUCUUGGGCGUAGGAAGUACCCCUCCUUCCUCAGGAAGUCUGUUGGUGGACAUCUUCUCUGAAAAUCAUUCUCCCUCCCCCACGCCAGCCUCCGGAGCUCCAGCUGCACCCAUCUUCGAUGAGAACUUCCCCAGGUUUGUUUGUAAGAACAAUGGUGUCCUGUUUGAAAAUCAACUGCUGCAGAUUGGACUGAAGUCAGAAUUCAGACAAAAUCUGGGACGCAUGUAUGUGUUUUAUGGAAACAAAACUUCUACGCAGUUCCUCAGUUUCUCGUCCUCCGUGGUCUAUCCAGAUAAUCUGAGAACUCAGCUCACUGUGCACAUCAAGCCCGUGGACUCCACGGUGGAUGGAGGUGCCCAGCUCCAGCAGACACUCAACAUCGAGUGUAUGUCUGACUUUGUGGAGGCACCUAUCUUUAACAUCCAAUUUAGGUAUGGGGGCACUCUUCAGACCAUAGCUAUCAAGCUACCUAUUACCCUCAACAAAUUCUUCCAGCCCACAGAGAUGAUGGCCCAGGACUUCUUCCAACGCUGGAAGCAACUAAGCGCCCCCCAGCAAGAAGUACAGAAAAUUUUUAAAGCCAAGAAUGCCAUGGACGCAGAAAUCACCAAAGCCAAACUCAUCGGCUUUGGGGUAAGCCUACUGGACCAAGUGGACCCCAACCCAUCCAACUUUGUUGCUGCUGGAAUCAUCCACACGAAGACGGUUCAGGUGGGAUGCUUGCUCAGGCUGGAGCCCAACAGUCAAGCACAGAUGUACCGCCUUACCCUGAGAACUAGCAGGGACUCCGUAUCACAACGGCUCUGUGACCUGCUCUCAGAUCAGUUUUAAAACCCGCGCUGCUCCCGCAGCCCUUCUCACCACUGUGAUUUCCGAUGGAUGAGUUCAUCCAGUACAUCUUCUGUCUAGCACUAAUCCUAGAUACUUCUGUUCCCUUUUCUCUUGUUUACGUUUGAAUUUCGUCAGUGUACAGUGUAAAUUUUUUUUUACAUGUAUGAAAUUAUAGAAAAAUGACUUUUUCCCAAUUACCUAGCAAUUCUAAUUACUAAUAUUUUUGGUCAGUAAUAAUUUUUGUACACCAAAGAACUAAACUCUUUCUGCUGUGCUUCCCCUGUGAGAGAAUCAGUCACACAACACACUUGCCAGGACUGCCUGGGAUGUAUUAAGUGGAAAAAAGUGCCAUCAGUAGAGGCGCUGGGGAGCGGGUGCAGAAAGUGACUUUUGUGCCCCUCCCCUGCUGCUUGUUCUUGCCCACACUGUGCCCCUGCUGUGCAUUGGCACAAGUCAGCUGUGCUGGCGUGAGGAGUUGCAGCAGCCAUGGACAUGUCAGAGAGCUUCACAUAGUCUGGAGAAACGUGUUGGAGAUGUGUGUGAAACUUUAUACCGCUUUUUGCCUCCAGCUUCACAGGUGCAGGAACAGAUUUUUCCCAGUAAAAGUAUUUGUGAAAAUGGAAAGUUAGAGUUUUAUAAGUCUGGAUUAUACAGAUGCUCCUCGACCCAGUAGGUAAUUCAAGGUCUUUUAAAGGCAGCGUAUCAGGAAGUUUGUGGGACUUGGAACUCACUUUUGCCCAUGUGAGCUGUCAUUGUUGACUGCCAGGCAUGUCACAGCCUUUAAUCGUUGUGCCUUCAGCUUAUAUGCCUUUUUUUUUUUUUUUUUUUUUUUAAAAUGAUACACACACUUUUAACUGUUUAGAUGCAAACUGAUAAAUCUGAAUGAGAUUUUAUCAUAAAAGGUGGCAAUUCUGUGCUACAGAGUUUCAGCAGAACAGCUUGCAUUCUGCGUUCAUAACCCGAAGCCUGCACUGAGUUUUGAUAACCUACGAUCUUAACAUUUUACUUUUUUCAGAAAUAACAGAUUUUUUUUUUUUCCAUUUAUAGUUUUUAUACAAAUUAAUAGAUUUUUUUACAAAAGUUGAAGAAGGCAAAUUCAGUUUUAAGUGCGAUGCUGUGUUGGUUUAUGUUGUUGAUGUCUGGCUUGCUGGCAAGACGGGUCUCAUGCAUUUAAUAAAGUGUAGCCACAUUAGUCGACACACCAGCAAAAUUUACUAGCGGUCAGUAUGAUUAAAUUGCCUUAAUAAAUGUACUUACCACUGUUGUAAAGAACUGGCAUUUAUUCCAUGCUGUUGAAUGUAAUUGAUGUCUAAUAAAUGUCUUUUACAUGUC